AUGCCAAUGAACGUAUUUGAUGGAAAAACGAGUGAAUUAAUAAAUGUUCGAAUUACAUUUAAGCCAAAUGAAGUUGAGCAUUUUGUUGAAAUUAUUUCCAAAUAUUUUGAUAAAUUAACUGAACAUCGUCCACCUCUUGAAAAUAUUCAAUUUUAUGCAGAUAUUCUACUUAAAAUGAAUGAGCUUGUUUUAAAUAAUUUACUUUUUGAAAUUGAGCUAUCAGAUAUACAGACAGGUGUAUAUUUAUCAAAGAUAUUGAAAAAUAAAAUUGAGAUGGAUUGCAAUAAUUGGAUAAAUAUUGAAGAAGAAAUUGAGAAAAAUGAUGCUCAAAUAUAUUCAAAUAGACAAUUUUGUCAAUUUGGAAUGUUACUAUCUUUUGGAAACUUUUUAAUUGAGCGUUUGAUAAAAUACGAAAAGAAAAGGAUUAUUAAAUUAAGGAAAAUGAUUAAUAAUGAUUCUCAAGAAUUAAUUUGUGUUGAUGAAAUUGAAGAAAAAAUAAAUAAAAGAAAAAUAAAGAUUAAAGAAUUAAAUCAAAAAAUAUUAAAUUACCAAAAUUAUUAUUUCCCGAUAUGGAAUAAAGCGAAAGAAAUAAUUAUUGAAAACAAUGAAGGAAAUUAUUUACAUGUUUGUUUAUUUCAUUUUUCUUUUUUGCUUUUAAGAAAAAUAUUUAAUUACUAA